AUGCUGGGUUAUGUCACCUUUGUCCUCGCUGCCCUGCUCCCUGCUAGCCAGACAGCGCUCACCAUGGACCAGCCAAUGGUCUCCCAUACCAAACGGGCUGGGUCAAUGGCAUCAUUUCUCUGCAAACCUUCUGGCCAAAGCACCACCUACAUCCACUGGUAUCGCCAGCAGCCCGGUAAAGCUCCCCAACGUCUCCUCUACUGUAACCCAGCCUCACCUCAACCCAAGUUGGAUGCAGGAUUCAGCUCUGAUAAAUUUUCUACUUACAAGACCAUGAAUCAUAGCUGUACCCUGAAAGUACAGAAACUGAGCAUGAGUGAUACGGGCAUCUAUUACUGUGCCGGCUGGGAUUCCACAACCCCAACUUGGUUUCUGGAGCAAACAGGUCUGUCUUGCAGCUUUUUCCAUAGAAAGAGAAUUAUCUCAGCGGCCCCACCAUCCCUUCCUCAGAUGCCAGAGGUUGGGCACAGAGCACAUUUCCCACCAUCCCAGAGGCUGGGGGCCUCCCAGUCUUCCUCUGCCAGAGCAGACGCCACAGUCAUCUCCAAGGAAUGGUGUCUGUGGAAGGACGCGCUGGUUUUCAUAUCACCCAGCAUCCUUCCUGAACUCCAUCCACCCUCCCAGCAACCGGAUGGCAAUCACUGCCGCUACCCACUCUGGGGCCUAAACCUGAAGACUGACAACUAA